AUGACAGCAAUAACAGCAGCAACAGCAGCGACAACUGGCGCUGCAAAGGCAGCGGCAGCAGCAGCACCAGCGCGACAGAUUUACUGUGGCAGGAAACAGCACCAGCAACAGCAACAGCAACAGCGACAUCAGCAGCAGCAACAACAGCAGCAGCAGCAACAGCAGGCUGCUGCUCACAGUAUUAUUUGCAUCGAACCUGCCACUCUGUGCUGCCGCAGAGGAUCAGCGGAGGCAGCGAAGAUCAGCACCAGCAACGACAAGAGCAGCAGCAACAGCAGCAGCACCACCACCAGCAGCAGCACCACCAGCAGCAGCAACACCAACAGCAGCAGCAGCAGGGCGCCUGAUAUUUGUAUUGACCUUCGCUCUUUUUGUGAAUUCGUCGACUGCCUUCAGCAGCAAAUGGAGUUCCUCCUGAGCGCGAGAUACGCAGCAGCAGCAGCAGCAGCAGCAGCAGAGGAGCAGCAAACGUAA